AUGCCCGUCUCGGCAAAGGAAAGGGCGUUCGGCGCUCAAGACUUCAUCGCCUUCGACUUUGGAGCAGACCACGACGACGACAAUGCACCUCAGUCCUCGACACAGUCCAGAGGCAGUCGGGCAGUCAAGUCGCGCAACGACGACCAUCCAAAUGCAUCGCGAAAGGGCAACAAGCGCAAGGCAGACGACCGAGAAGACGAUGGGCGCAGCAAAAAGGAGCGUCAAAUGGCUCGCUCGCGUCACACGCCAUGGUCCGCCGAGGUAGACUGGACCCGAUGCCAGAACGGCGCAGAGGCGCUGCACCGCGAGUUGAUUGCUUUUGAUGACUGGAUGGCCCCCACUGUUGCUGAACAUGAAACACGUUGCAUGGUCGUCGAGCUCAUCAGCCGCGCCAUCAAGUCGCAGUUCCGCGAUGCAGAAGUACAUCCUUUCGGAAGUCAAGAGACCAAGCUCUACUUGCCCCAAGGCGAUCUCGAUCUGGUCGUCGUCAGCAACUCCAUGUCUAAUCUUCGAACCCAGUCGGCGCUCCGCACCAUGGCUGCCUGCUUGCGGCGCCACAAUCUCGCAACCGACGUCCAAGUUAUUGCCAAGGCCAAGGUGCCUAUCAUCAAGUUUGUCACCACCUACGCACGUCUCAAGGUCGACAUUUCGCUCAACCACACCAACGGUCUCACCACUGCAAGCUACGUCAACAGCUGGCUGCGAAAGUGGCCUCACAUUCGACCCCUCAUCUUGGUUGUCAAGUAUUUGCUCAUGCAGCGAGGCAUGAGCGAGGUGUUUUCGGGCGGCCUCGGAAGCUAUAGCGUCAUCAUCAUGGUCAUCAGCUUUCUGCAGCUUCACCCCAAAGUGCAACGGGGCGAGAUCGAGGCUGACCGCAGCUUGGGUGUUCUCCUUCUUGAAUUCCUCGAGCUGUACGGCAAAAACUUCGGCUACGACAAUUGCGGCAUUUCGAUUCGAGGCCGCGGUGGUUACUUCAGCAAGGCGCGCCGUGGCUGGAAGGAUGAGAGGCGGCCAUUCAUGCUGUGUAUCGAGGAUCCACACGAUCCCUCCAACGACAUUUCGAAAGGCUCGUUCGGCAUCAUCAACGUGCGGUCGACGCUAGCAGGUGCGUUUGACAUUCUUACCGCUGCCAUCUGCCAGCAAGCCAACGAAGGCAGUUCGAGCCUGCUCAAGGCAUCUGGGGGUCGUGGUGAUCCGGCCCGUAGCAAGCAUCGCCGUUUCUCUGUCGACUCGGAUUCUGAUUCCGACGCUGAAGCUCGGCGAGCGCUGGUACGCGACUCUACAGCUGAAGGUGGGAAGGACGACAAGGAUCCCAACAGCUUGCUUGGUACCAUUCUCGGCAUCUCGAAUCCGGUGGUGCGGCAGAGAGCGGAGAUGGAGGAGCUCUAUUUUUCCGGUUCUCUCCAAUUUAAAUUGGGCAGGCCAGCACCGCCCAGCAGUCCACCCCCUGCGCGUCCUUCUUCGUCCUCACGACCACAGCCUCUCGAAGCUGCUGGCUCGUCAGAUGCGCGUCCCUCGGCCACGGGCAAAGAACGAGGCGACAGCGGAGUCAUCUCGAUCGACGAUGCCAAGCGCGGCAAGAUGCCUAAGCUGUCCAUUCGCGGAUCUGCUGCGGCGGCGGCGAGCAAGGCGAGCGACGCAUCUUCCGCAGACACUCAGCGUGGAUCGAAUCGUCGCACCAGAACCAGGAGCCCUGGCGCUGCAGGCUCAGGCGACGAUGCUUUCGACCCUGAGGAAACAAGCAAGGCAAGACCUGAAGCAGAGAGCGAGGAAGAGGACUCUCGGUACCGUGCAAGUCGCUCGGCCAAAUCCAAGGCAUCGGCUGGUUCCGCCAACAAGCGUGCUCGCACGACGCAGAGUGAAAUCACGCAGGCCGAUCUGGAAGAUUUGUCGCAGUCGGCGCCGUCGACGUUUAUCUCGGAAGACGACUCGGACGACAAUGUGGCGCGCGGCGAGGAAAAGAUGCAGCUCCCCACGCUUUCAAACGCUGGCAGCACCAAGUCGUCACCCAAGCUCGGCAACACAAGGAAGGGAAUGUCGCGCAUCUCGUCGCGCACCAAGAAUGAAUUUUGGACCUCAAAAGGUGUCGAUGCGCAAUCGACGGACAAUUCGGCGUCUCCGCCGCCGCCAUCGGUUGGCAAGGUCACGUCGAGCUAA